AUGACAAACUUGAGAGUAUUCCUCAUCACUCUUUUCUUUGGGUUGCUCACCAUCACCAAUGUUGUUUCAAAGAAAGUUGAAGCUGCAACAACUCGUGCUUUCUUUGUUUUUGGUGACUCACUUGUUGACAAUGGCAACAAUAAUUAUUUAGCAACCACGGCACGUGCCGAUUCUCCUCCUUAUGGCAUUGAUUAUCCAACUCAUCGUCCCACCGGCCGCUUCUCCAACGGCCUCAACCUCCCUGACCUUAUGAGCCUGCAUAUGGGAUUUUCUGAACCCACAUUGCCAUACUUGAGUCCUGAAUUGACUGGACAAAAGCUAUUACUUGGAGCCAAUUUUGCUUCAGCCGGAAUCGGAAUCCUAAAUGACACCGGCGUUCAAUUUGUUGGAAUAUUAAGAAUGUUUCAACAGUUUUCAAUGUUUGAGCAGUACAAACAAAGAUUGAGUGUAGAAGUAGGGGCUGAUGAAGCAAAUAGAAUCGUGAAUGGAUCGUUGGUACUUAUAACACUUGGUGGUAAUGACUUUGUCAACAACUAUUUUCUCACUCCAGUUUCUGCUAGAUCUCGUCAAUUCACCGUGCCACAGUUCUGCACCUAUAUCAUCUCUGAGUAUCGAAAUAUUCUUAUGAGGUUGGUUGAGUUGGGAGCUAGGAGGGUGAUUGUGACAGGAGUUGGUCCUUUAGGUUGUCUUCCAUCUCAGCUUGCUACAAGAAGCAUAAAUGGAGAGUGUGUAAAUGAAUUACAACAAGCUUCUCAAAUUUUCAACCCACUUUUAAUUGAAAUGACUAAGGAUCUCAACACCAAACUCGGCUAUGAUGUGUUUAUUAUUGCCAAUGCUUAUCAAAUGAACAUGGAUUUCAUCACCAACCCUCAAAACUUUGGUUUUGUUACAUCAAAGGUAGCUUGUUGUGGUCAAGGACGUUUCAAUGGAGUGGGACUAUGCACUCCCUUAUCAAGCCUAUGUCCAAAUCGUGAUGUGUAUGCAUUUUGGGACUCUUUUCAUCCAACUCAACGUGCUUUGGGGCUUAUUGUUGAAGCCAUCUUUAAUGGAACCUCCGAAUUUAUGAGCCCUAUGAACCUCAGCACCAUAAUGGCCAUGAAUACCAAUGUCUAA